AUGCCAGAACCGACGUCCGUUCCCGCGCCGCCCGUCACGGUCUCGAGGCCCGUGAGCGAAGCGCUCCUAAACGAAAAGUGGGACCGCUGCAUCUCGAACAUGCUCAUAAAAUCCACCGUCGGCCUCGGGUUCGGCAUCGUCUUCUCCGUUCUCCUGUUCCGCCGGAGGGCGUGGCCCGCAUUCGUCGGCGUCGGUUUCGGUGCUGGCAGAGCCUACGAAGAAUGCAACUGGAGCCUGAAGCAGGCCUCGCAGGAGCUCAAGAGGAAGGCGUGA